CUCCCCUCCCAGACACUUGAUUCUGGGAAAGUUCCUCUUCCCGUUCUGAACAUUCCCCGGCAAGAGUUCCCGCUGCGCACGGACAAUGCCUUCCUGCUGAGAGAGAGUGGCCUCUCCCAGGAUGACCUGGUGUUCCGGGACGAGCUGGACCUGGGGAGUCUACACCGGGCCGGCCGGCUGGACCUCACACUGGUGGACCACAACGUGCUGCCCAGCUCUGACUGUGAUCUAGAAGAGGCGGUGUUGGAGGUGAUCGACCAUCACCUCCUGGAGAGGAAGCCCUCUCCCUCCUGUCCCGUUACCGUGGAGACGGUGGGCUCCUGCUCCACCCUGGUGGCAGAACGGAUCAUCCAGAAAGCCCCUGAAGUCCUCGACCAACAGGUGGCCCAGCUCUUAUAUGGCACCAUAGUGUUAGACUGUGUGAACAUGGCCCCAGAGGCAGGAAUCACCCCUAAAGACAGCCAGUACGCUGGCCUCCUGGAGACGCACUUCCCCAACCUGCCACCAAGGGGCGUCCUCUUCCAGUCCUUGCAGAAUGCUAAAUUUGACGUGUCAGGUCUUACCACAGAACAGAUGCUUCUGAAAGACAUGAAGGUGGCAUCGGAAGGAGAUUUAAAACUGGCAGUCAGUGUGAUAUAUAUGACACUGGAGGCUUUUCUACAGAGACAAAGCUUACAGCAAGAGCUCUGUGAGUUCUGCCACAAGCACAGCUACAACCUGGUGGUGGCCAUGACGAUCUCCUUCAAUGAUAACAAGGAGCCCUUCAGGCAGCUGGCCGUCUACAGCUCCAGCACCCUCUACAGGGGGGAGAUGAGCCAAGCCUUGGAGCAAGCCCGGAGACCCAGUCUGAGCCUGAGUCCAAUGAGCAGCCCUUACUCAGACAUCAGGGCUUACCUCCAGGGCAACACGUUGGCCUCCAGGAAGAAGGUGCUGCCCAUCAUCAAGGACUUCCUGAGGGACAGGGAGCGAAGAGAGGUGCAUUGUGGGACCCUAGAGGAGAGUUACGAGGUACCACAGCAACGAGCGUACACUGAGGACGCUGGGAUAGAGGAGGACUCCUACUUCCCCCCCACCCCUAUGAACAGUCUGGUGGAGGGCUGUCCCCUUGACAACGGACUGCCCAAGAUCAGCGCUGAAGCUCUGACGGAGAAGUUCAGCAAGAUGGCCAGCGAAGAGGAGAACGCAGGGGGACUCUGAUGUCACUCACACUCCUGGUGGUCAGCGGAGCACCCAAGCUCACUAACCUGUAUAACAGCUGGAUGGCCAGAGUUCUCGUAACAGGAUUCAGACCAGUCAGAACAGAUUGUUUAUGACUGUGCAGGGUGUUGAGCUCGGCACAACAUUGAUCCGCUGGGAUGAGGACUGGGAGGCACACUGUUCCCAAUCCAGAGGAGUAAACAAUCCACUGGCAAUCAUAUUGGAGAUGAUGGAAAUGCAUUGAAAAUAUUAGUGACACCCGUGCUUUACGUUAGUGACACCCGUGCUUUACGUUAGUGACACCCGUGCUUUACGUUAGUGACACCCGUGCUUUACGUUAGUGACACCCGUGCUUUACGUUAGUGACACCCGUGCUUUACGUUAGUGACACCCGUGCUUUACGUUAGUGACACCCGUGCUUUACGUUAGUGACACCCGUGCUUUACGUUAGUGACACCC